AUUAGGGCCCAAGCAAGUGGCCUUAACACAUGGAUUUUCUUCCAAAAAUGCAGACCCAUUUUAAUUAAGUUUGUAAUUAACCACUGGGGAGGGCAGGCCCCCUGGAUGCGGUCUGCUUUCCGAGACACUGUGAGUAAUUUCCUAUUUGUUGAACAUUUGGGGAUUAGCACGCCCACUGGGUGUUCAGCUUGGAGGCUUGCACAGAGCUGAGCUCCCUGCAGCCUUGGGCCUCCCCCUGCCCUGGGAGUCCUGAUCAGCGUCUCUUUGCAAAGCCAAUCCCCUUUUACUCCGUUGUCCCCCAGAACAAGAUGGGAGUCAUGGCCAUGCUGAUGCUCCCCCUGCUGCUGCUGGGAAUCAGCGGCCUCCUCUUCAUUUACCAAGAGGUGUCCAGGCUGUGGUCAAAGUCAGCUGUGCAGAACAAAGUGGUGGUGAUCACCGAUGCCAUCUCAGGACUGGGCAAGGAGUGUGCUCGGGUGUUCCACACAGGUGGGGCAAGGCUGGUGCUGUGUGGAAAGAACUGGGAGAGGCUAGAGAACCUAUAUGAUGCCUUGAUCAGCGUGGCUGACCCCAGCAAGACAUUCACCCCAAAGCUGGUCCUGUUGGACCUCUCAGACAUCAGCUGUGUCCCAGAUGUGGCAAAAGAAGUCCUGGAUUGCUAUGGCUGUGUGGACAUCCUCAUCAACAAUGCCAGUGUGAAGGUGAAGGGGCCUGCCCAUAAGAUUUCUCUGGAGCUCGACAAAAAGAUCAUGGAUGCCAAUUACUUUGGCCCCAUCACAUUGACGAAAGCCCUGCUUCCCAACAUGAUCUCCCGGAGAACAGGCCAAAUCGUGUUAGUGAAUAAUAUCCAAGGGAAGUUUGGAAUCCCAUUCCGUACGACUUACGCUGCCUCCAAGCACGCAGCCCUGGGCUUCUUUGACUGCCUCCGAGCCGAAGUGGAGGAAUACGAUGUUGUCAUCAGCACCGUGAGCCCGACUUUCAUCCGGUCGUACCACGUGUAUCCAGAGCAAGGAAACUGGGAAGCUUCCAUUUGGAAAUUCUUUUUCAGGAAGCUGACCUACGGCGUGCACCCAGUGGAGGUGGCGGAGGAGGUGAUGCGCACCGUGCGGAGGAAGAAGCAAGAGGUGUUCAUGGCCAACCCCAUCCCCAAGGCCGCCGUGUACGUCCGCACCUUCUUCCCGGAGUUCUUUUUCGCCGUGGUGGCCUGUGGGGUGAAGGAGAAGCUCAAUGUCCCGGAGGAGGGGUAACUGCAGGAGGCCAAAUGGGCCACCCCUUGGAAAUAAAGGUUUUUCUGGCA